AUGGCUUUUGAAAAGCCAAAAGUAACAGAAAAUCAGGGGACAAAGUACGUAAUGUUGGAAAAGUUCUUCAACAGCAUGGAUAGUUCAAUUCGGCUGCUGCAUUUGAAGGGUUCUGCAACAACUUUCACUAAUAUUAGUGCCAAAGUGGAGAAUUUGACUGAUAAAUUUUAUAUAACUUUAAAUGCCAAUGCAAUUGAUGGUAGUGAGAAGUGGAGAUCUAACACUAGCAGUGUUCUGUUAAGGAAAAUUUUCCGCUCUCGGCUCUUGGAUUUCUUCAAGUCCCACCCUGGGGAAAGACUGGCAGGGUGUCAGGGUGAUGACAUUCCUGAGGAAACGUUGCCUGGGCCAUUCUCACAGUCUAAGCAAGCAUCAGUAUCUGCAUCACACCUGUCUGGCUCUUUUAGAAGAUACUUUUCUAAACAGGCAUCUAUUACCGGAGGAAAUGCCGAAGAAGAUAGAGCUGGGCUUGUGCCAGUUUCUCCAGUUUCAUUACCCCUCAAAGUCGAAAGUUCCACUAAGAAGAAACCAGUAGCAUGUGCUGAUGCUCCUAAGUUAUGUUCAAAACAAACUAAUAUGAAAUACUCUUCAGGAGGGAUUGUUUCGGCUAGUUCACCAUCAUGUCAUCCACCUGCACCUCCGAUGAUUGAAGCCAAAAAGGGAGAAAAUGGUUCUAUGUCUGCUCCAGCUACCCCUAUGCUUGAACCUCCUAAGAGAUGUUACAUGAGUCCAGACGAUGAUCCAGCUGAAACACCAAUAAAACUAGCUAGGCAUUCAUCGACUAGAAGGUCAUUAUUCUUCGACACUCCUGUGCAGAAUGCAAAUUCUGCUGAUCAAGUCUGUGAGAGUGAAAGGUUUCCAACCGAUGAUAUUUUUGACAUUCUUCCUGAGAAUCUUCUGAAAUCGGUAAGACAAGAUCAACUUGCACGUCAAUCUUCCUUGAUAGAAUUUGUUUAA